GAACAAACACAGGCCCAACCAACACAAGCACAAGUUCCUCAAGUGGCACAGUGUGCACGAGGUGGAGCAGCGGUGGUAGCCAAAUGGGUUCAACGAGCGCUUGAUAUGGGAGUAGAUGCUUUGCGAGGAGAAUAUCGCUCACUGGCUAGAUACACUUUACCAGAGAUGACAUGCGAAGCGCGAAUCAAGAAGCAGGAAGAAAUAGGCAAGCAUGGCUUCUUCUUGCAAAUAAUUGAGGGGAUCAAUUCCAGAUAUCAAGAUGUGCCAUGUCAAGACCAAUUUCGGGUGGUGUUGAAGUGGCCUGGUGCACCCACCGAUUACGUGCAUGCAAACUACGUUGGCACACCAUUAUCAGAGAAGCGGUUCAUUUGCGCACAAGUGAGAACAUCUCCCACUAUUCAAACCAGACUCAAAAGCUUGUUCAAACUUCGCUUAUGUCUCGUUAUUGUUGUAAAAGUCAAAAUCAGGGAUGCUGCGGAGCACUAACU